AUACCUCCUGUCUGGCCCAUGCAGGGACAUAGAGAGCAUCAGUGCUGGUUAAAAUAGGCUCUCCAAUGAGAGCAGCCCACGUUUCUAGACCAACACGGAUGUGCGCUGCGUGGACCAACCACGGGAAUGUAGGGCAGAAAGGGAGGGGACGACGAAACCGGAGACACAGAGGGUUUCGUGUACGAAUCUAACAGGCCGGCAGCUACUUAACUUCUGUAUCAGCUUGUUAUGUGAAGGUGUUUGCAGUCAGGUAGAGACAGCUAAGCCGCUAUCAAGGCAGGAAAGGUGCUGUUUAUUGUUAUCGGCUUAGGGGGGAACCUUCAAGCUGCGUGCCUCGUUCCCACCCGGAGUACAGUAACACACGGACCGUAAAUAUAGCAACUGUCGUAGCUGCUGCUUCUGCCGUCCGACCGGCGGAGGGAAACAAUGCAGAUUCAAUAAGUUAUAUCACCGUUUCAAUGACACUACUCUUAAAUCUCACUGGACUGGAAAGCAGAGCCGCGGAAGGUUCCGGUGUGAGGAGGUGAACGGCUUCAGGGAUGGAUUCGUGUCGGCGGGCAGGACUCAGCGGGGUCCUGUGCUCCCUGUCACUGCUCUGUGUCAUCCUGGACAUCCAGCUGGACGGCGUCCUCGGGGCAUCCCAUGUCGAGAUCGAGCAGCACUUGGAGAUGGGCCGCAAACUUUUGGCGGCUGGGCAGCUGGCUGAAGCCUUGUCUCACUACCACUCUGCCGUGGAGGGAGACUCUAAGAAUUAUCUGACCUACUACAAGCGGGCUGCCGUGUUCCUGGCGAUGGGAAAGUCUAAAUCAGCGCUCCCAGACCUGACCAGAGCCAUCCAGCUCAAACCUGACUUCCUUGCUGCCCGGUUGCAGAGAGGGAACAUCCUGUUGAAGCAGGGAAACACAGACGAGGCUUUGGACGACUUUGAAGCAGUGCUGUCAAGGUCCCCAGACCACGAAGAAGCCGAGGAGCAGGUGAAAAAAGCCAGUGAGCUGGUGGAGUUGCAGGAGGAGGCACAUGCUGCGUAUCACCAGGGAGACUACAGCACUACAGUGGCUGUGCUGGAGAGAGUGAUAGAGAUCUCCCCCUGGGAUCCAGAGUCGAGGGAGCUCCGAGCAGAGUGCUACAUCCGUAUGGGGGACCCUCAGAAAGCCAUCCAGGAUCUGACGCCGACCACGAGGCUCCGCAACGACAACCGAGCCGCCUUCCUGAAGCUCAGCAUGCUGCACUACAGCCUCGGAGAACACCAAGAGUCCCUCAAUCACAUCCGAGAGUGUCUGAAGCUGGACCAGGAUGACAAGGAGUGUUUCAGCCACUACAAGCAGGUGAAGAAGCUCAGCAAGCAGCUGGAUGCAGCAGAGGAGCUCAUACACAUGGACAGGUUUGAGGAAGCCAUUGAAAAAUACGAAUCAGUUAUGAAGACGGAGCCAAAUGUCCUGUUCUACACCAACCUGGCCAAAGAGAGGAUCUGCUUCUGCUAUGUCAAGAUCAAGUUGGUUCACGAGGCGAUAGAUGUGUGUUCAGAAGCUCAUCAAAGAGACCCUCGCAACGUCAACAUCCUCCGAGAUCGAGCUGAGGCGUACAUCCUCAACCAGGACUACGAGAAAGCUGUUGAGGACUACCAGGAGGCAAGAGAGUUUGACGGUGACAACCCGGAUAUUAGAGAAGGGCUGGAUCGAGCACAGAAAAUGCUGAAAGUCUCUAAGAAGAGGGACUACUACAAGAUCCUGGGUGUCAGCAGGAGUGCAAAUAAGCAGGAGAUCAUAAAGGCAUACAGGAAGCUGGCACAGCAGUGGCACCCCGACAACUUCCAGUCUGAGACGGAGAAAAAGGAAGCAGAAAAGAAGUUUAUUGACAUAGCGUCAGCUAAAGAAGUCCUCAUUAACCCAGAAAUGAGGCAGAAGUUUGAUGCUGGUGAGGAUCCUCUGGACCCAGAGAACCAGCAGGGCGGCGGGGGAGGAGGAGGACAGGGCUGGCCUUUCCACUUCGACCCCUUCCAGUCCGGCGGCAGCUUCCACUUCAAGUUCCACCACAACUAGAGAGAGAGAGAGAGAACUACAGGAACUACGGAUAGACGUCUUCCCAGGAACGUUUUUGCUUUGGCUUUGGACAUGUUUGUCAGUUACUUGAACAUUCGGGGGGUUUUUGUUGUUUUUUUUUUUACACAGAAGAGGCUUGAACUAUAAAUUGUAACUUCUCUGGACUAAAAUGAAGGACCAGACUGUCGCUACUGCUGAGGAAAGAAAAAUGAAGUCUUGUUUCAACACUUCACUGCCUUAGGAAUGGAAAAGAUGGCGGGCGAAAGCAGUCAUUGUGACAUUUGGGGGUGUCUGCUCUUACUUUUUUUCUUUGUGCCAUUUUUUUUCCUCAAGGGACUCUCCUUUUUUUUUAACGCAGUCGCUCAUUCUCAGCCAUCACACAGGCGGACUGUCUGUGUCUCUGCUCGCAGUAUUCUUAAUGAGGAAUCACAUUUAAUGAUUUCAGUCUAUAUUUUUGACCAUGUCAAACCUUCUCUGUGAUUAGAGAACCAAGGCUUUUCUACACAGCAGCGGCGUUGUUGUUGUGGCGGUAAGUUGCUUAGACUUGAGCACUAUAAAAGGAAACUCGUAGGACAGUUUUGAAAUCCUAUGGAUCUUAAAUCAGAGCCACUCUGUGAUCGUUUUAAAAGUUAUUCUUGAGCUUGUUUUUUUACAACUAUCUAAAAAGGAAUAAUGUGUGAAAUCUGUAUUGUUGUAUCUUCAAACGGCUAUUUAUGCAGCACCAAAUGUCAGUGAUAUAACUCAUGAUUUAACUCGAACACGGUCUGAACUGAGAGGAAGGUUUUCUUUUGAGAUAACGGUGUAGCAGUCUGACUGUACAAGAGAUUUAUGAGUUUUUCUUUUCACUCCUUUCAGAGCACGUCUUUGAAAUCUUGCACUUUUACCCUUUUGGUUAGACAGACCACUCCACAUGUCAUCCACUCCUGAGUUGUUACCGCAGGCUUUUAGAAGCCUUUUAAAGACUCUCUACAAGCCAAGUGUGUCUUCAGUAAUUAUGAGAGCCUCAUUUGUAGAGUAGUCUUAAAGAGGAGUGGAGCUGCAGUCAGAGGCACAGUUUCAGUGAGUUGCAGAAUAAAAGUGCAACUUUUUAAAGAAGUUCAGAGACACAAAAUUAUGUUUUUUGGCAGGUUAUGACAUUUGGAGUUUAAACUUUUAAGUUAUUCUGUUUGAAUCAUUUUGACUGUGUGAAGCGAAUGUGACGGGCUCUUUGUAUUUAAAUCGACUCAGUGGGACUGUUUUUGUUUUCUGGGUUUCUUUUCUGAGGGGUUUUUUUUUGUUGAUUGUGGCUUCAAUUUUACUGUUGCCAAACUGAAUCAGCUGAUAUGCUAAGGCGUAUAAAAAUAUUAAAACAACCCAACUUUG